CCUUAGAAGAAUACAAUAACAUUGCACCGGUAUUCAUUGACCAAAAUCUUACUGGCUAUGCAAAAUCGAACCAGUAUGUUUUCGGAAAACAAAAUCCUCGAAGUUGACUGAUGCAUGUUGAAAGAGAUUUGGGAUUUCGAUCAUGGCUCUUCUGUCAUCUGUCCACAAAUCCAUCUUGGAGGGCUCUUAUCCGGCAAACAUUUUUGAUUCUUCGCCUGUUUCCUCUGUUGCUGCUCGAUAUCUUUCGUCCACGGGAGUCGGUUUUCGAUCGAGGAUCGAUGGAAGCUCGUCGAAAGAAACAAAAUUUGGUCGGAAUUCUGUUCAAAUAAAAGCUCUUGCUGAUCAUACAAACACAUCUGAGGUUCCUCUACUGUCGCGCUCAGAGGUUUUUGAAAGGUUAACCGCAAAUCAAGAGAAUAGAAAGAGCAAGCAGCAUUACCUGGCAAUGUACUCUAGCAUCUUUGGUGGAAUCACAACGGAACCUUCAUUAAUGGUGAUCCCCAUGGAUGAUCAUAUGGUCCACAGAGGGCAUGGUGUUUUUGAUACUGCAGCUAUAAUGGACGGAUAUGUUUAUGAACUGGAUCAGCACAUUGACCGCUUCCUAAGGUCUGCAUCCAUGGCCAAAAUCAGCCUCCCCUUUGAUAAGAAAGGCAUAAGAAAUAUUCUCAUACAAACUGUAGUUGCAUCCAAAUGUAAGCAAGGAUCACUUCGAUACUGGGUUUCUGCAGGACCUGGUGAUUUCCAACUGUCUCCAUAUGGUUGCCACCAACCUGCUCUUUAUGCCAUUGUGAUUAAAGAUCAGUCCCCUCCAGAUUGGAGUGGUGUUAAAGUAAUUACUUCAUCUAUCCCAAUAAAACCCCCACAAUUUGCUACCAUGAAGAGUGUAAACUAUCUACCAAAUGUGUUGUCCAAGAUGGAGGCCCAGGAAAAUGGUGGUUUUGCAGCAAUUUGGUUAGAUGAUGAAGGGUAUAUUGCUGAGGGGCCCAACAUGAAUGUGGCAUUCGUGACAAAGGAAAAGGAGCUAGUGAUGCCUUGUUUUGACAAAAUUCUCAGUGGAUGCACUGCAAGAAGAGUGCUAUCUCUUGCAGAGGGACUGGUAAGAGAAGGAAAGCUAAGCGAAAUUUCAGUAAGGAAUCUGACAGUAGAAGAAGGAAAGAUGGCUGAUGAGAUGAUGCUGAUAGGAAGUGGAGUUCUUGUUCGUCCUGUGUUGCAAUGGGAUGAUCAAGUAAUUGGAAAUGGCAAAGAAGGCCAUGUGGCUCGGACUCUCCUAAAUCUCAUUUUGGAGGACAUGAAAUCCGGACCCAGUACAGUCCGGGUACCUAUUCCUUAUUGAACUUGUUGAUUUCCCUUUCUCAUUGUGGUAUGACCGCAGCCGGAAGCCCUAAGGCUCAGUUUGGUUGCAGUGCAAAUUUCAUUUCGAAUAGCAUAAUGCAUGGGUGUGCAAAUAGGCUGAGUUGUACAUUCUGAUUUUUCUUUUAUUUGCAUCAGAUUUGACUUUGUUUUAUUUGUUUGUGAAAGUAAAAUGAUGUUCCACCCACCUUAUAUGCAAGGGGAUGUUAGAUGAUGUUGUCUCUA